UGGUUUUUUGGGGAGGGCGCGACGGGAGGAGAGAGAAUGGGUAAGGUGGUGGAGAAGAAGAAGAAGAAGAAGAAAGGUCGGCCCUCCCUCUUAGAUCUUCAGAAGAGGAAACUCCUCUUAGAACAAGAGCAACAGCAGAAGCUCCAAAAACCCCUGACCAGAAACCCUAACCCUAACCCUAACCCUAAUUUCCCUAACCCUAACACCAAUUUUAUCCGAACCAGGCGCCAUUACAAAGCAGCUGAAGAAGCAGAGAAGGCAGAGCAAGAGGAGGAGCAGGAGGAGGAGGAGGAGGAGGAGGAAGAUGAAGACGACGAUGAGAAGAAGCAGAAGAAGCUUCGCCUUGUUCUCAGAUUGCCAAGGUCUUACCAGGCCGGCCAUGGAGUUUCAGAGGCAGCCUCUGUAUCGGCGUCCAAUGAUGAAUCAGAGGAUGGAGAGAAGCCUACAAAGAAGAGGAAGAUCGAGGCCUGUAAUGGCUCAGCUUCACCUGCUGCCAUCGAUAAUGGUUCAGUCGAUGAUAAGGGGAAACGAAAAGCUCUUACAGAAAAGGGAACAGAUGAUCUUCCAGCAGGCACACCUUCAGACUCUGCUGUCACACCUUUACCGGACAAAAAGUUGCUGUUGUUUGUCCUUGACAGGCUUCAAAAGAAGGACACAUAUGGGGUAUUUUCUGAAGCAGUAGAUCCAAAUGAGCUUCCUGACUAUCAUGAAGUUAUAGAACAUCCUAUGGACUUUGGCACUGUCAGAAAGAAGCUUGCUGCUGACGCUUACUCCAAUUUGGAGCAAUUUGAGAAAGAUGUUUUCUUAAUCUCCUCAAAUGCAAUGCGGUACAAUGCAGCAGACACAAUUUACUUCAGACAGGCACGAACAAUUCAAGAAUUGGCAAGAAAGAAUUUUGAGAAUUUAAGGCAAGACUGUGAAGGCACUGAGAUGGAGUUGAGGUCUACAAGUAAACCAAAGUCAAGCUCCACAGGUAAGAAGGUUAAGAGGCCAGUGGGCCGACCUCCCUUGCAACAUCAUGGUGGGUUGGACUUUUCAGUGGAGGCAACUUUGGCCAAUGCUGGAGACAACUCUGCCUGGUCAAAUAUAUCUCACAACUCUACAAGAAGGGGAAGUGGUGCUGAUAAGUUUGGUUUAGCAGUGAGUCUUGCAAAUGCAUCAGUGAGAGCCUCACUUGGCCUUCGGGACAGUGAUACUUGGUUGGUUGACAGUAGAUUGGACAGAAUGGAGGAGGGUUCAGGUUCUUUUCUGAGGGCAAGAUUUGGGAGGAAAUCCCUUGGGUUGGAUGAAAACCGUCGCAGCACUUAUAUGCUAACCAAUCAACAGGCAAGCCGCCAUGAUUCAGUACUAACUACAUUUGAUGGGGAUCCAAAGCAGCUGCUAUUUGUUGGGCCCCAUGUUGAGCACAAUUACGCGAGGAGCUUACAUCGGUUCGCUGUGGGCAUUGGUCCGAUCGCUUGGAAGGUAGCUUCUCGCAAGUUGGAGCGCAUUCUACCCCCAGGCUCCAAGCUAUGGCCCACUGGAUCCACCGGGCCCUCCAGACCAGCUGGAACUGCAACCCUAGACCCGAGACCUGCAACCUCAGAAGCCUUACGCGUCCCCAAUGAACCCCUGAGAAAUGACCAGAAUACCCUCACUCACAACCCAUCCUCUGAUGCCCGCCCUUCCUCAGAGGGCACUGGAGCAAGGGUAAACGGUGGGCAUGGCAACUUCUUUGCAGGGUAUCAUCCAACAAAAGGCCCACAGGUCCAUCAACCCACUUUGAAUGGGUUCGUUGGCCCAGAAGCCUCUCGCCUUUUGGACAUUGUCUCUAAGGGGAACAAUGCUAGCUUAUUUCAACAGAAGCGGCCGGAUUCCAGUGAAAACAUCGCCCCUGCGUAUCAGGACAAUGCAAAAUCCAGCGAGUUGGUGCCAAUUUCUGGAGGAAUGGUAUCCAAUUCCGGCGAAUUGGGUUCCAAUUCGAGUCAUGAGAAGAUUCCAUGGCGUAGGCUUUCGUUGAAUCAAAAGGGAGGAUCUAUGGCUCCUGACCUCAAUGUGGGGUUUCAGUCGCCGGAUUCCGGCGAGUCUCAGCAGCCUGAUUUGGCAUUGCAGCUUUGAGGAGGGAUAUUUAUUUAUGGCAUUUUAUUUGGCUGAAUUGCUGCUUUUGUGGACGUACAAGAUGAACGGUCUGGAGGUUGGAGAUUGGGAUCUCUUAUUAGAAGAGAGACUCAAUUGUGUUUGAAGGGGAGUGGAGAGAGAGAGAGUAGUUGUACAGUUAGAAGGUGUACCCCAUUUAUCCGGUCAAGGAAGCAAUUUGGCUUUGUAACAUCAAUCUGAGAUUAAUGAUUAUGAUGAUUUAAAAAGUAGGGGGAGUAGUUGGAUGUAUUAUGCAGAGAAGAAGGCCUUGGAAGUUGGAGGGCGGGCAACUGUAGUCAUGGUUGAGGGUGGCCUACUGCCUUGCCUUCUCUCCUGAACCAUAGAUGAACAAUUUGACUUAUCAAAUAGUAAAUACACAUUUUCGGAUC